UGCAGUUGUACCGUUAGUGGCCUGUUUUAACUUUCACAGAUCCAAAAGGAAAACCAGAGAGACCAGUAUGAGAAUGGAUUCAAUGGAAUAUGAUGACGAGCACACUAAGAAUUUAGUGUCUUUUCACAGAACAAAUAAGAUGCCCCCUCGAUGUACGACUGUGAGUUUUGGGCUACUUCUUGUUCUCCUGUUGGCCUGUAACAUAGGACAGCUCAUCUAUCUUGCAAGUUUCAACUACCAAAGAAGUUGUGAGGCCAAACUCAGUAACCUGUCGAAAGAAAAAGAGGAGCUUCUGCAGAGAUACAACACCUUGCAGAUGAACAUAAAACUCAGAGAGUUGGACACCAAUUACUUUAAUUUGACAACACAGCGCCGAGAGUUAGUCAACAAGGUCAGGGAGCUGGUGAAGAUAGUGGAGAAAGAGAAAGGCGGGGCUUGUCAGACAGACUGGAAGAAAUUUGGUGGCAGCUGUUACUAUGUUUCAACUGUGAAAAAAAACUGGACUUCAAGCAGACACGACUGCCUCACCCAGGGAGCUGAUCUGACCAUCAUUAACAGCAGGGAGAAACAGAUAUUUGUCAACGGGUUGCUGGGGUUGGACAUAAAUGCCUGGAUCGGUCUGACUGACAGUCUUCAGGAAGGGACUUGGAUGUGGGUGGAUGGGACCCCCGUCACCACUACGUACUGGCAGGAAGGGCAGCCCAACAGCCACGAGGGGAACCAGGACUGUGGAGAAAUAGUGCAGUUGGGACAAGUGGGAGCCUGGAAUGAUGACGGGUGUUUUGCUAAAAAUGUUGCCGUCUGUGAAAAAUAAUGAAUUUAGGAUCGUGGGAAUGUAUAUCAUUUAUGUUUAAGCCUUUGUUAUAUUCUGCAUUCAAUUAUUGAAAAGUCCAAAACAAAAAAUUGCAUUGUUCCUGCUAACUGUCUAUCCCUGCAUAUAUCUUGACAACACAAACUGCUUCAUAUUUGGUCAGAUUCUCGUAAACUUUUUGCUUCAUAAUGUAGAUAAUAUUCAUAAUAAAUCCUCAUAGAAUCGAUUGAUUGAUUGAUUGAUUGAUUGAAAUUGAAAAUGCACAUUUACUCCAGUUGGAGAAAUAAAAACUUCCUUGAGGUAAUGAUAAUGGGAAGCUCUAAAAUCAAUUUAAAGGUCUUUAUCUUUAGAGAGAAUCCCUGGACUUGAGGAGAGGGGGGGGAGUGAAACGAUGAGGGCUGUAAAUAUCUGGAUCUGUGAAAAUAAAACCCCAAUGAUUGACA